AUGGACUUCGCACUUCAGUUGAAAAUGUUAUUAUGGAAAAAUUAUACCAUGAAAAAGCGAAGACCGGUAAUGUACUUUCUGUAUUACGUUGUAAAAUUGUACUGCAUUUUUUUUAUAUCGGCCACGUAGCUUUGUACUUACUCCCAUGUAAAUAAUUCUUAUUUUUUACUCUAUUUUGUCUAGUUCGUGGUUGCUUUCGAAAUCUUAAUCCCUCUAGUUUUGUUUAUGGUUUUAAUGGGCAUUCGUCUCAGACGACAACCUAUUGCUAUAGACGAAAGUGAGUUCAAUAUGUUGUAAGAUAUGGAAAGUAAUUAUACUUCCCUCGCUCUUAUUUAUUUGGGAUAAUUUGCGAUAAAUUGUCCUAAAGUCAUCUUUGUUUACAGUGAAACACUCGCCAAAUAUAUAUCCAAUUUCUUACUCAAUUAAUUUCGUGCUAAAAGUUUACAAUCCCAUGAGUUAAAAGGCAACGUUUAAAAUGUAAUUUUGAACUACAGGAGUUCUAAAUGGCCAUGAAUAAUAUUUCCUUUUGGGCUUAUGGGUUUAGGCGAGAAGUAUGUUUUUUUUUAAAUUUAUUGUCUUCCUUAAUUCUAUAGUCAGUUCUAUAAAAAAUAUCCAACUAAAACGUUGCUUUUAGCGUGCAUGAUUUCCUAGAUAUCUCACUGUGAUUUUUGUGACAUUUGACACCUUAAUCAGAUAAUGCCUUUAAUAUAAAGCCAAAUGUCUCCCACAAGCUGAGCUGACCCAAAUGACAGUUUUUUUUAAACUAUGCAGGCAGGAAUGGCCUUGUAACACUUCAAUGAGUUUGCUUUAGGGUAUAAUUGUACAUUUAUGAGGAGGAUUGAUUGCUGGGCUGAAUGUUAAUGCAGUGAGCGACAAUGCUCUCCCCUUGACAAGUAAAAUCAUCUGGUGUUAGACAGAAUAAAAUGGUAAAAUAGGUUACAGUGGAGUGCAAUGCAACUUAAUGGGUUAAUAAUUAUUUUUAGUAGGAGGCAAUUUUCAAGUAUUAUCAAAUGAAAUUAUUGUGACGGCUUUGUAGUACCCUUGCUGUAUAAAUAAGCAAGGAGAAGCACAGAUUAGCCACCCUAGGAAGUGAAGUCAGUUGUAUGGAAACAAAUUAAAAUAUGAAAUAUAUGUCUUACGUGAUUUGUGAUAUGUUAAUUUUGCUAUCUGAUUGUACCAGAUUAAGGAACACCUAACAUUACAUGUUAAUUACCUGCAUUAUGUAUGUGCCUUAAAUACAUGCAUGGAUAUUGGUUGUCUGUAAUCCUAUGCUGUAAUCAGUAUGAUGAUCUAGAAACAAAACAGUUUUCAUUGUGUUAUGUUUCUGUCUGAGUUUAUGUUAAUUUGUGCGCAGUCACAGUGGUUGAGCUUAUUGUAUUUUCGUAUUUUGUAACAUAAAAUAAUUGUCCAAUUAAUAGGGAUAGCUGAGGAAAAAUGUGCAACCAUGAUGGAAAAUAUUUAAUUGUAGUUGAGACAAAGGAUUUUGUGGCUUUGAAAUUUGCUUUGAAAUCAGACUAUGCUUAAAAGCAGGCAAACUAAAAAGGACCGUGAAAGCAAGGCUCUAUUCCAGGUGCCAAUUAGGUCAUAAAAAUUAAGGCCCAUUUACAGUUGCAAUUUUUGUUGUGAUUUAUUCUAGUGCAAUUUUCUUCUUGUGAUGUAUGUGAACGAGUAGAUGAGUUAUGAAUGUUCUGGUUAUAUGAACCUCACUUGAACAUUCAUAACUCAUUCCCAUCCAUCAGGAGAAAAAAAUCUCUUGUAAGAUCGCAGUGUAACGAGGCCCUAAUGAGGUUAUACAAGAGUAGCCUCCCAAAUAUAUACCGACCUUUCUACCAGAAAAGAAUUGAAUUUAUUCCACGCUUUCAAUCCAUAUCGAAAGUUCGACCGAGCAGAAAGAAACGGUAAGGGCUUGGCAACUAGUGAAUUUGUGGGCAGGGAGGGGGGGGGACACCCGCCCGCAUUAACCACCCCAUAAAACAACAUUUGUAUUGCAAUGUCCCCUUAUGUUUCCUAAUGUAGUCAUACAACUUCCACAUUCCGGACAAAAAUAUUGUCUCUUCUGGUUGAAAGGUCGGUAUAUAUUUGAGAUUUGGGAGUGGGAAACAAGAGUUGCCUGCGGAGGAGGCUAAUACAAGAGUCAUCAUCUAAAUAAUACAUUUUUGUAACAAAUGGCAGGCUUUAGGAAAUGCUGAUGAUGUAGAAAUUAAAUUCUGUUAUUAUUUCUAUGUUUUAGAUAUAUUUGCAGUGAAAGCAUUGCCAUCUGCUGGUAUAAUUCCUCUACUACAAAUGUUUUGUCCAAAUAAGACACAAAACAAACAUGGAUUUCCAAUUUUUCCUGAAUCCAAGUAUGUAACACUUACUGUGGACAUAUAUGUUUGUGUUUCAUGUUUCUUUGUGUCAUAUUAUAUAUUAAACACUUUCUGUAUGAAGGCUAAAAAAAGCUGUCUUGACAAGAGAAGCACUACUACUCAGUGGCGUAACUAGAGUGUUAAAUGAGUGGGGGGUGUAUAUUCAUAUAUUUGUGUUGUGCCCAACUAAUUUCUUUUGAAAUGAACUUAAAAAUAAAGAAAUUCAAAGAAAUUCAUCGGGCAGAACACAAAUAUAUGAAUAUACACUCCCCCCAAUUAACGCUCUAGUUACGCCUCUGCUACUACUGCACUAGGGCAAGCCUUGCACAAUAAGAUGGUCAAUCAAGUCCACACUUAUCACAGACUUCAAAACACAUCCACACGCACCUUUUGUCACACUUUAUUAAGGCAACAAAGUUUAACCCAUUGAGUGGCAGCCCUAUAGUACUUAUAGGCUUGGUCAGAUUUGCCAAAGUAUUCUUACAACACAGUUUAUUCAUUUUAGAACAGACGAACUUUUGAUGAAUCUGAUGAAAAUAUUAAAACAUGUGGAUAAAAAUCACGGCAAACUGUCUCUUGUGCUUGAUGACGAUCUUAAUUAUAAUUAUGACGAGAUUAUGAAUGAUUUAUCAAAGAACAACACUUUCUCUAAAAGGAAUAUUCCAGGUAUAUUUAAUCAUAGUUUUUGCCAUAGUCAGUGGUGGUAAUUGGUUAGCAGGCUGUCCAAAAUUACUUGAGGCAGAAACCAAAUUGGAUUACCAUAAAAUCACCUUUGCGGUAACCUGGUUUACCAAAACGAAAACUUCUCAGAAGAACUUAGAAUUUAUUAUUUAUAUGUCCAAAUGAAUUGUAAAGUAACCCAAUUAGAUCAGUACAGAACGCGUAAAGAAAAUUUAAUUAUAAUAUAGCAUGUGUAAAUUCUGAACGCUGAUUGGCUAAGAGCUGUAUUGAUAUAACUCCAUGUCAAUACAGAAACAUCGGAAAAUUUAUUUCUUUAUAUUUCUUUAUGCUAUAUUAUAAAACAAAUAUAAAACAUUUUUUCCAUAUUGAUAUAUAGUUAUAUCAACACUUGUGGAAAUUGGAAAACUCAAAAUUGUGUGAAAACACUCUGUCCUUCGGGUGUCGUGUUUCCACACAAUUUCUCGUUUUCCCAAUUUCCACUUGUGUUGAUAUAACUGUAUAUCAACACUGAAAAUGUUUUUAAAUAUUAACUGUUAACACAUUUAUUAAUUAUAGAAUUAAGAGAUUACAGACUUACAUUACUUAAUUAGGGAAACCAAAUUAGGUUAUCGCAAAACAAAGUUUGCGGUAACACGGUUGGUUACUGCAAUUCUGGAGAGCCUGGUUAGUCAUUCAUUUCGUCAGUCACCUGUCACUUAGUCAGGUGUAUGAGUAUGAGUCAUUUACUCAGCUUAAUUAAAUAAAUAUGUUUGUAAUACCUCUUCAUUGUUUUAUUUAGAUUUUCUAUUUCAAGAUAUUUUAAAAGAUCCUGAUGGUUUUAGUAAUUUUUUAAUAAAGAAUCUAUCAAUUCCCGCAAAUAUGACUCAGGCAUUGUUAGGUGCCACAGUGAAUGGCAGCAAGGUACGAUGUUAAAUGAGAAAUGUUGUUCAUUUAGUACAAGUACGAUUAGUAUUUCUAUAGUGCAAAUGUACAUCUGCAUAUGAUUAAGGUUACAGGACACCCUUUUUGGCGUUUUGUGGAAAAUCGCUACUGCACGCUCAAAAUCAGUCCGAUUUUCAUCAAAUUUUCACCAAAUGUUAGCCAGUGCAUGCAAAAUAUGAUAAAGUUGUAAAAUUGACAAACAAUAAAAUAAUGUAAGAAUUAUUCAGGAAAAUCUUAAGUUGCGGUACCUUUACGCUUUUGAGUUAUGUUCCUGCUGGUUUUAAGAUAUAUUUAUGAAAAUAUCAUUUUUAUACAGUAAAAUAAAACUGACGUCUUCAGCUAUGUCCUGUGAAAAUUUGAGAAAAAUUCGUUGAAAUCUGCAGGAGCACAACUCGUUUAAAAAUCAGUAAUUGCCGUAAAAUUCUUCGGGAGAAAAUUGAAUUUGAAUAUUACAUUUUCAAUGUUUUUCUUAUUGCAAGCGAAAUGUAUUUUAUUAAAUAACUCUGCGAGUUUUCAACAUUUUUCGUCCAAACUUGGUCAGAUAGUAGAACUAUAGUCUACUGCUUUCAUGGAAACCAAUAAAAAAAUUUUAGGCAAAAUUAACACUCAAAGGUGUUCUGUAACCGCACUUUACAUCAAGCAUUCAAGGCUUGAAAUAAUAGCCGAUCAAUGAUCGGCAAGAAAUUGCUUAUGAUCGGCGGAAAAGCGGGGUUUCCAACCUGAAAAAGCAGGGAAAGUCAUGACUACUGAUCGCCAUGAUCGGGAACUUUGGGAAUAUUAUUUUAAGCUCGGAGCAUUACAUACUUAGCCUUGACUGUUUUGUCUUUACAACAAAUACUUUCUUAACUGUGUUUAUCCUAACCCAUCCUGUCAACUUUCCCUGUGGGAGGAAACCAGAGCACCUGACUCCCGAGCGAGAACCCAACCCACAAUCUCCGAGGUGAAAGGUGCAAGCAUGGAUUUUCUGGGGGGGUGCGGGGGGGUGCGCACCCCCCAGAAAUGAUUUGCACCCCCUCAAAGGCAUUUGGCACCCCCGCUAAAUUUGUAAAAUACUACUAAAUUUACUACUAAAUUUGUAAAAUUACCAAUAUUAUGGUCUCAGAUCUUGCCAUGCAGGCCUAGAAAACAAAUUUUGUUAAAGUUUUUCCUUGGCCUUUCCGGGCGUUGCCACCACGCUCCAGCCAAAGCAAGCAGCAGCACCCCCCCCCAGAUAUUUAUCCACCCCCCAAACGAAAAUAUGAAAAUCCGUCUCUGGAAAGGUGCUUUGCUCUGAUGAGUGCACCACCCAAGCCCUGUUGCCCACAUUGCACCGAAGACCAUGUGUAGCCUAUAGGAGACAUCCUUUCUAGAAGGGUGUAUUGGUCUAUCUUGAUAACUGGAUUUUUUCUAGGUCAUGGAGAUACUAGAUGCCACAAUGAUGAAGCAGAAUCCUGCAAAAUAUCAAGACAGAUUAAAUAAAUUACAAAAAAUAUUAUUACUACGGGCUGCGUUAGAUCCAAAUUUCCUGAAGAAUCCUGAAGAAAUUGGAAAGGUGAUUACGAACACCACAUACGCAGACGGUGAUCGAAAUAUCACUGACAUCCUAAUGGUAUGUAACUGUUGGACAUUAAGUCGUAGGUACCCCGGAUUCCCUAUUAAUUCGACAAUAGCCUGUUGGGGAAUCCGCUCACUAAUGAGUGAGAGACUCAAUAAACAAUGAACUUAUUUUUUCACUAGGAUCUUUUUUACAGUCGUGACAAGUUACACAACAUCUCGUGCGAUAAAGUAACAUUCAACUCUCUCAUUCAAACGAAACAAACGCCAGAAGAACGAGAGAAGUUAAGAAAUCAUCUCUGUCAUAACUUAACCAAUGAACAACGUACCGACUUUUCACGAGAAAUUCAGAACCAAAUAAACACAUCUGUUGUAUAUAGAAAGGUAAGCUAUGUAUAUUUUUCCGAAACUGUUUCAUGCAACCAAGGGACUGUCGUUAGAAAGUUAAUAUAGUCAACUGACCUUUGGACGAAGUAUUUUAGCAAAAAAAUGUUGAAAUGUUCUUAAUAAAACAUGACCUUCCUAUUUUCAGUUUGCAGAAGGCUUUACUCGACCAAAAGGAUCAAAGGUACUGUAACAUAUUCAGCUAUUGAGUUUAUAACAGAAACUCAUUUUUUCAUAACUUCGUAUAACUGUUUGUUUCAAUUUUUAGUCUUUCGAGGAAAAAUAUGCAGGACCAAUUGCUUCUCUGAAUAAAAAUGUAAGUAUAAACGGCUUUCUAGUGUGUUUUCAAUCAUUUUCAUUCUAAACUUUUCCCAGGAGGAAAGACCGAAAAUAUCAUUAAGUUAAAAGUUGAAAAUUUUCAACUUCAAAAUUUUUUCCGACGGAAAAUUUGUGUUGACCAAACAUAUUUUACAAAUUUUUCUUUCUGUGGAAAAUUUUCUUGAGUGAAAAUGAGCGUUGAAACCCUGACAUGGAAGACACAGGACACCGCAUGUGCUGCAAAUAAAACAUUGAAAUAUUUCAGGUUGAAUUACUCAAAGAGAAUCAAGAAGUGCUCCAAGCGGCAGUGGCAAUUGCAAAGCUAUUGAAAAUUAAUAACACUUCUAACCCAAAGUUUGAUCAGAGUGAUUUACACGAAGAUGCUAAUGUUCGUCUUGUAAAGAAAAUAUGGAAGGUAGGAUAGUGGCGGGUUUGAUAGUGGUUAUGGUGAUAUUGGUAUGGUGAUGAUGGUAUGGUGAUGGUGGUAUGGUGAUGAUGAUAUGGUGAUAAUGGUAUGGUAAUGAUGGUAUGGUAAUAUGGUGAUUAUGGUGUGGUGAUGAUGGUAUGGUGAUGAUGGUAUGGUAAUAUGGUGAUGAUGGUAUGGUGAUGAUGGUAUGGUAAUGAUGGUAUGGUAAUAUGGUGAUGAUGGUAUGGUGAUGAUGGUAUGGUGAUGAUGGCAUGGUAAUAUGGUGAUGAUGGUAUGGUGAUGAUGGUAUGGUGAUGAUGGUAUGGUAAUGAUGGCAUGGUAAUAUGGUGAUGAUGGUAUGGUAAUGAUGGUAUGGUAAUAUGGUGAUGAUAAUGUGAUGAUGAUAUGGUGAUGGUGGUAUGGUAAUGAUGGUAUGGUAAUGGUGGUAUGGUAAUGAUGGUAUGGUAAUGGUGGUAUGGUAAUGAUGGUAUGGUAAUAUGGUGAUGAUGGUAUGGUGAUGAUGGUAUGGUAGUGGUGGUAUGGUAAUGAUGGUAUGGUGAUGAUGGUAAUGAUGGAUGGUAAUGAUGAUAAUGGUGAUUGUGGUGAUGAUGGUAGUGAUGAUGGUUGUUGUUGUGGUGAUGGUGGGAUUAUGAUAGUGAUGGUAGUAAUUGUAGUGAUGAUGAUGGUCAUGGUGAUGAUCUUAAUGGUGAUGAUUAUGAUGGUGAUGAUGAUCAUGGUGGUGGUGAUGAUGUUAAUGGUGAUGAUUAUGAUGGUGAUGAUGGUGGUAGUGGUAUAAUUCAUUCACGUUAUCUACGAAUAUUGCAGGUGAUUGGUCCAGUGUUAUGUGGUCCUAACACGAAUGAGUAUGAAAAAGAUCCAUGUCCAGACGCGAUGUAUUAUCAUCAAUCCAACUCACGAGCUUUAGUCUUGAUGCUCUAUCUCAUGACCAAUAAACCACUGAUUGUCUACUCACCACGUGGUCCAGAUGUCGACGCUGUUGUCAAAAGAGUACGUAGAGUCUUGCCAUUAUUCAUACUUGAGAACCAGGGAUGGAUCCAGUAUGGUCUGUUUCGCGGGCUGGGGUUGCUCUGCCAGGUCCCUGCACCCUCCUGUCUUAACUAACUAAAGAACUGUGCAGAUGAACUAGUUAGAAUAGCUUGAAUCACAUCAGAAACCGAUCGUUGGUCAAACUCGUUGAUCUGUGUCAGACACAUUGACCCAUUUGGAUAAAGACAAGGCCCUAGCCAAGGGCGCUUUCCAUUAACACGGCCAGACCGGUCAGAACGGUCAAAUUGUUGAAUGAAACACAAAACAUUUGGGCUUCGAACCUAUCUGACCAGAAAAUUUAGAUAAAAUUAGAAUGAGGUGCAUUUUCGCUAGAUAUUUGAGAAACAUAGACCAGAUCUUUCCAUUGAUACAGAGACAAAAAUUCGGGUCUGACCGGUCAGGCACUGAUGAAAUGGAAAGCGCCCGUGGAGUCUUGUUAAGAUCGUAUUUGAUCGCGCGAAGUGAAAAACAUAUUUCGGCAAUGUGAUUGGUUUGCGAACAAAUUUGCCGCUCACAUUGUCGAAAUCUGUUCUUCGUUUCGCGCGAACAAAUUCGCCUGGUGGAAAACGUUCUGAUCAGAAAUUUGUGCUUAAUUAAUUUGUUCCAUUCCCAGGCGAACUGGACAUUCCAAGCGGUGGCUGACAGUAUAAGUGCUGGGCAUUGGUGGUUGAAAUAUUCUAAAAUGGUUCAAACCAAUAUCAACUCUAAUAACUUCACGUCACGACUUGAAUAUAUGAAAACAUUAUUCGGUAUAUGGAAUGAGAAUGAAGUGAAGAAGAACUUAGACCAACAAAGAUUGUUUGAUUACGAUCGAUUGUUGGUGCAAAACUUUGACGUCUUUAAAACAACCAAGAGACUGAAAUUCGCAGAUUAUGUCGUGCAAGCGUGGCUAAAUAAGAUCGAGAAUAUUUCAUUGGAUGUAUUUCUGGGCUUCAACACUUCGAAAGAUUUAGAUAAUUUUGUGAUGAACAGGAGUAGCAUGCCACAAUAUUUAGAUCGUAACGUUAUUGCAGGUCAGUUAUAUUUGAUCCUUUUUCACGUGUUCUGUUACACUCCCUUUCAUAAUUAUUCUACUCCCUCUUACACCUGACGAUUGAGUCAAUUUCUGUAUGAGAGAAAUCUCAUCAACCUACUCCGAUCUCUAACCCUUGUCUUUACCCUAACCUCAUAUCAACCCCAACCCCGCAUCAUAUUUCGAGUCCCAUAUAAUGCUUACUUUACUAAAAAUUACGAGAACCACCGAGUAUUUUAAUAGAAUAUAAAACAACGGUAACUUUUUGAAAAAAACUCCUUACUUCUUCCUCACUUCUUUCUUAUUCUUCCUUACUCCUUACUAUUUUAUUCCUUACUUUGACUCCUUAUUUUUAACUCUUACUUUACCCUACCCUACCCUACCCUAGCCCAAAUCAUAGCCUCAUCCUAACCCUUACCUAAUUCUGACCUUGAUCUGAUAAACCCCCGAACCUAAUGUGUUGUCCGUUGUGUGUAGGUAUUGUGUUCACAAACAUUCCAGAAAAUGGCACGUUACCUCAACAUGUUGAGUAUAAAAUCAGAAUGAACAGCACCUUCACAUUCGAUACAACAACCAUACGAAGCAACUACUGGCAACCUGGUCCUGAAUGUGAAUUUCAACCAUAUUAUUUCUUUGGAUUUGAUUGGUUUCAAGAUCUGUUUGAUCGCGCUAUCGUUGAUCAACAAGUGAAUGCAGGUGUUAACCUCGCUCCCGCCUCGUACUUGCAGGAAAUACCAUAUCCAUGUUAUAUGAGCGAUGGGUAGGUGGUUAAGAUUACAAUUAACAUUUUUAUCAUGGGCGGAUUUACUGGGGGUUAGGGGGGUUAACCCUGCCCCCUAGAAACACUCUAACGCCACCAAAAUUUCGCUUCACCCCUCCUAUUUUGUGUGAAAGUCUUUAACCCUAACGCCUAACUCUUGCGGAAGCUUGCUCAGUGGUACCGUUUACACCCCACUAGAAAUUUUUCCACCCUUCCUUUUAAAAAAUGGAAAUCCGCCCUUGAUUUUUAUAACGCAAAUUUGCAUGUAGAUAUUUGCAUCAAUUGCAUACUGAGCCUGGACUAUUUUCAUCAUUUGUGAUAUUACUUUCUUAACUGUGUUUAUCCUAACCCAUCUUGUCAACUUUCCCUGUGGGAGAAACGGGAGCACCCGGAGAAAACCCACGACUUUCGGCAGAGCAUUGACUGACUCUUUUCACAUGAGUCCGUAGCGAGAAUAGAACCCACGAUCUCAGAGGUGAAAGGUGCUUGCUCUGAUGUGGUACCACUAUACAUGGUGAUCUGGUACCACUAUACAUGGUGAUCUGGUACCACUAUACAUGGUGAUCUGGUACCACUAUACAUGGUGAUCUGGUACCACUAUACAUGGUGAUCUGGUACCACUAUACAUGGUGAUCUGGUACCACUAUACAUGGUGAUCUGGUACCACUAUACAUGGUGAUCUGGUACCACUAUACAUGGUGAUCUGGUACCACUAUGACCACCGUUUAUUUUGUGAUAAUUUUAUUUUGUAGUUUUAUGUUUGUGAUUAAACACAUGGUACCACUAUGCAUGGUGAUAUCCUGGAUAUAUACUGUCGCAAUUACCGUCCAGAGUAUUGUAUAUGAGAAAGAAAGAAGACUAAAGGAAUUUAUGAAAAUGAUGGGACUGAGUAAUAUUGUGCAUUGGAUUGCUUGGUUCAUUACCAGUUUAUGUACCAUAUCAACCACUGUCGCAUUGCUUACUGUUAUAUUGAAGGUUAGUGCUGGGAUCUGGCUAGCCUGACUUUAUUUAUGCUGGAUAGCUCUAUCACUUCUAAACUGUUCUUCCUGGA